AAUUUUCUGCGCUUAAAAAUCAAGACUUUAAAGUCUAUACAUUCAAAUGGUUCAUGAAGUUCCAGGCAAGAUAUAUGAAUUCUCUGUAUGUACUGGAAACGUUCUUGAACUCUUAAGAAUAAAAAGCAAAAUUUUAAGAGUUUCCAGACAGAGAACAAAUUACCCCCCUAUUAAGGAGUAUCAGACCAGCAGCAGAUUUCUCAUCCAUGACACUGGAAGCCGGAGAUUGUGGAGUGACUUCUGUAGACCAUGGAGACAAAAAGCCAGCAGCCUGAAAAUCACAUACAUAGACAAAAAGCAUCCAAACAUAAAGUUAAUCAGAAAUACCUCAGAAAGAGGAGAGAUAACAGCAGGGGAAAUAUUUCUUUUUCUUUUUUUUGGGGUGGGGGUGGUUUUCUAGAUUAACCAUUUAACUCAAGUGGGAAGGAAAGAGUAAAUUCAAAUAGAACAGUGUCUACCUUAAAUGUGAACUGAAUUUUCCCAUUAAAGUUUGAUAUUGUUGGACUAAGUUAAAAAGCAAACCCAGUUAUGUGGUAUUUUUCAGAAAUAUUUGAAAUGAAAAAAAAAGGAUGGACAGCAAUCCCGGCCCAAUACAGAUAGUCAGAAGAACUAGCCAUAUUAAGACCCUUCAUGUGGCCUUUGUAAAUAUGCGUUUGAGACAGAGAGUGGUAUGUAGAAGCUGAAAGUGCCUGGAAGAUUUCUGGUUUCUGUCCCUGCUUUUCCUGCCUGUUUGCACCUCUGCCUAAUUUGGAUGAUGUGAUGCUCAGAGAGAUAGCUUAAUCGAAGCCGUCUUUUGACGAGACACGUCUGGCCCAAUACUGUGUACCCCGAGCUCAAGAUGGCCAGUCAGCCACCGGAAGACGCCACAGAGUCUCAGGUCUCCGAUGAGCUUGAGUGUAAGAUCUGCUACAACCGCUACAACCUGAAGCAGAGGAAGCCCAAGGUGCUGGAGUGUUGUCACAGGGUGUGUGCCAAAUGCCUCUACAAGAUCAUAGACUUUGGGGACUCCCCGCAAGGCGUCAUCGUCUGCCCUUUCUGCAGGUUCGAGACGUGCCUGCCGGACGACGAAGUCAGCAGUCUGCCUGAUGACAACAACAUCCUGGUGAACUUGACUUGUGGCAGCAAAGGCAAGAAGUGCCUGCCCGAGAACCCCACCGAGCUGCUGCUGACCCCCAAGAGGCUGGCCUCGCUGGUCAGUCCUUCCCACGCCUCCUCCAACUGCCUGGUCAUAACGAUCAUGGAGGUGCAGAGAGAGAGCUCCCCGUCCCUGAGCUCCACGCCCGUGGUCGAGUUCUACAGGCCCUCCAGCUUCGACUCGGUGACGACCGUGUCGCACAACUGGACGGUGUGGAACUGCACGUCGCUGCUCUUUCAGACGUCCGUCAGGGUGUUGGUUUGGUUGCUGGGUUUGCUGUACUUCAGCUCCUUGCCUUUGGGGAUCUACUUACUGGUCUCUAAGAAGGUCACCCUCGGGGUCGUCUUCGUCAGCCUGGUCCCUUCCAGCCUCGUCAUCCUGAUGGUGUACGGCUUCUGCCAGUGCGUCUGUCACGAAUUCCUAGACUGCCUGGCACCUUCCUCUUGAUGGAGACACACACUAGGAAACUUGACACACCUUGCCACGUUUGAAGGGAGGUCAUUUAGCCCUCAUUUUCUUUCAUACUUUCUGUGUUGGUGCCCAUGGCAUUAACAAAGCCAUUGGGCAUGUUUGUGGUCCGUUUUCCAUCAACAUGUUGACUCAAUUGGUCUUCCUGUAUGCUGGAAGUAAAAAAUGUUCAUUUCUACUUACGUGUUAGCAAAAAAGAAAAAGGUAUCGGCUAAGCCUCCCUCAAGCUCUUCUCCUGAGCCUUCCCAGAGAAAGGGCAGAUUUCACUCCGCGCUGCUAGACAGACACCAGGGGCCGGCGUGUUGUGCUGCGGGAGGGGUCUUUGUGGACGGUGAGGCGUGAACCGAUUCCUCUUCUCGUGAUCGUGGAUAGCCUGGGAGGCAGGGUGGACGCAGGAGGAGAGCAGUCCCCAGACACAUCAGUUUGCACAGUGCUCACCUCCCACCCCGUUGUUGGCGCUUCCCUGGGUCCUGUUAAGCCCGGAUGCUGGUUCCCUCUGCGCAUGCUCCUUGCAAGAGGAAACUCGCCUCACACCCUUGUGUGAUUUCACUCACACACCUGUUUUGCUGCUUUACUAAAGAGAAUUACAGACAUUGAGGAAUUGGCAUCAGAGUAAACUUCAAGGCAGAAUGUGGCCACUUGUUUUUUGAGACACACCCUUUCCUCCACAUUUGUUUUCUGCUCUCUAGUCUUUUAUGAAAUUCUCAUGGAGCAGUUAUAGUUCAUGGAGAUCUCAUUUGAGCCUUUUCUUAAAGCAUUUUAGUUUCCUUUCGUUUCUUUCUUUUUUUUUUUAACCACAUUGUUCAAUCAGCCCCAUCCCUUAUCUUGAAUGAGGUUCCAUUUAAAUUAGUUGCUAUAACUUUAUGAAGAUUUUGGUUUUUCCCCCAUUGCAUUUUAAAUUCAACUACGGACUCACUUAACUUAAUCCUAUAACAUUUUGGGGUAAAUCGCGUCAGUGGAAACCCAGAAACAAUUUAGAUGUUCUAGCUUAUGGUUCGAUGUGCUGAGAACCUAAAUAUUUUGCUGUGUUCUACUGAGCUGUACCAAAAUAUAAUGGUUCCAAUUUACGUGCAGGACUGUGUUGCAGUAGGUCAGGCAGAAAGAUGGGCACCAAAACACGCAAAGCUGAUGCCCUAACUGAAGAGACCCUUCAAGGAAGUAAAGUGGAGGUGGCAGGGUGCAAUCUAACAUAUUGCUAUUCCUGUAAAGUCCAUUUUAGAAUGGAUUCAAGUUCCUACACAAUUUAUUUCAGAUAAAAGCAUAAGCUAUGUGACUUGAGUUAAUGAGCUUCUUUUCAUGAUGUGGGGGAAUUUGAACGUACAUAUUUAUGAGAAGAAACUGGUUAGCGGAUUUUAGGUUUGAGGGAUUUGAGUGUCCGCAGAAAGUAGGCAAAAAAAAAAAAAGCUUUUUAGUCUAAAACUCAUUACUGAUGAUAAACAUUAAAAUAUUUAUAACUCUUAGAAAGGGGCAUUGCUAAGACUAACUUGUUUGUGGUGAAACAUUUGUUGUGUGAAAUACAGUGGACCAGUUCCAAUCUCUUUAUUCAGGAAAAAUGGACACUUAUUUCUAGAAUAGUAUUUGAUUUUAAUUGUGUCACUAUUAACUUUGAGAACAUGUAUGCCCAGGGUAGGUAUGAUGAUAGGAAAUUAUUCCUGGAAUGUGGCCCAAUGAAUUUUAAGCCCAAAGGCAGCUAAAUACAUUCAUGAUUUCAUAAAAUCUAGUUUAGGUAGCAUCGUGAAUGCAAUUUCCAAAUAUCCAUUUGUACUUAGAGUACUGGCUGGGAGAUGUUUUGUGGUUUGGAUUUAUAUAUUUAUAAGGUUUUUAAAAAAAUGUUCAUUUUUGUCUGAAAUGUAACAUCAGAUAAAUUGGUGGGUUUAUCAUAUAAUGAGAUUUCUAGAAAGCUCUGGGUGUGGGUACUGAGUGUUUGGCUUAUUUGUAUAAUGUCUGCAGUGCUAAAUUUGUGUCUCUCUUUCUGUUGUGAUAGUCUUUUUUUUUUUUUUGGUUGCCAGUAAAUUAAUUUGGUGUUCAAGAGUUUUAAAUGUAUGACAACAAAAAACUUUUCAUGCUGUUGAAUGAAAAAAAGACAACGCUUCAAUGUCUUAUUUAUUGUGGUGAUGUUUGGUUUGUCCAUUAAAUUGUUCUUAUUUCCAA